UUCCCUACGCAGCUGCGGCAGAGAGCACCGCCACAGUUGAUUUGCAAGGGCGCUGGGGCUGUCCCGCAAGUAAGAAGGGAGAACCCAAGCCAAGGAAGGAAUCAGAACUCGUCUGACCAAGAGCAAAGAGAACCCAGAGGCCCGGACCAGACCAGCCUGCGAGUGCCUUCCAGCCUGGUGCUACCGUCACCAAGCGCCGGUGCCUUUGCGGAGCAGCCACCGCCGCCUGGGCUGCAGAGGCCACACGGAUGCCCGAGCCACGCGGUCCGCGCGGGGGCAGCCGCCGCAGUCUCCAUCCCACACAAGCUCCGGACGCGCACGACUGCUGAUGAAGUGACUGAGAAGGAGUGAACACCUUGCCUUUGCAGACAGGACAGCAUGGAGCAGCCAUUUACUGUGAAUUCUCUGAAAAAGUUAGCUGCUAUGCCUGACCAUACAGAUGUUUCUCUAAGCCCAGAAGAGCGGGUCCGUGCCCUAAGCAAGCUCGGUUGUAAUAUCUCCAUUAAUGAAGACAUCACUCCACGCCGUUACUUCAGGUCCGGAGUGGAAAUGGAAAGGAUGGCAUCUGUGUAUUUGGAAGAAGGAAACCUGGAAAAUGCCUUUGUUCUUUACAACAAAUUUAUAACAUUAUUUGUAGAAAAACUUCCGAGCCAUCGAGAUUACCAGCAGUGUGCAGUUCCAGAGAAGCAGGAUAUCAUGAAGAAACUGAAGGAGAUUGCAUUCCCAAGGACGGACGAACUGAAAACAAACCUGCUAAGAAAAUACAACAUAGAAUACCAAGAAUAUUUGCAAAGUAAAAACAAAUAUAAAGCGGAAAUUCUCAAAAAGUUGGAACACCAGAGACUGAUCGAGGCAGAGCGGCAGCGGAUAGCUCAGAUGCGCCAACAGCAACUAGAGUCCGAACAAUUCCUGUUUUUCGAAGAUCAACUCAAGAAGCAGGAGUUGGCUCGGGGCCAGACGCGAAGUCAGGACUCCCCAGUGCUGUCUGAGCAGACUGACGGAAGUGGGCUGUCCUGCUUUUCCACUCACCAGAACAACUCUCUGAGGAAUGUAUUUGGAGACCAUCCUCAUAAAAGUGACGGAAGCGGUUUCGCUAACUACUCUCCUCCGGUGAACAGAGCCCUAAAACCAGCGGCCACCCUGAGUGCUGUUCAGAAUUUGGUGGUUGAAGGACUGAGGUGUGUAGUUUUAUCAAGAGAUCUUUGCCAUAAAUUUCUGCUGCUGGCUGACUCUAACACAGUGAGAGGAAUAGAAACCUGUGGGAUCCUCUGUGGAAAGCUGACGCACAAUGAAUUCACCAUUACCCAUGUGGUUGUGCCAAAGCAGUCUGCUGGCCCAGACUAUUGCGACGUGGAGAACGUAGAGGAAUUAUUCAGUGUUCAGGAUCAACAUGGCCUCCUCACACUGGGAUGGAUUCACACACACCCCACGCAGACGGCAUUCCUGUCCAGUGUGGAUCUUCACACUCAGUGCUCCUAUCAGCUUAUGUUGCCGGAGGCCAUUGCUAUUGUGUGCUCCCCAAAGCAUCAAGACACCGGCAUUUUCAGGCUCACCAACGCUGGCAUGCUUGAGGUUUCAACUUGUAAGAAGAAGGGUUUCCAUCCUCACAGCAAGGACCCUAAGCUGUUCAGUAUAUGCAGCCACGUGAUAGUAAAAGACAUAAAAACAACUGUGUUGGAUCUGAGAUACUGGCCAAAGGAAGAAGCAAUGAUCCAGGUACACGGAAAAAUAAAGAAGAAAGCAUUCCUCUCUGUCCUAUACCCAGUCUCUGCUAUGACUUUCAACACUGUUGUACGUUUAUCACAAUUGAUGAACUAAUAUUGACGCAUUACUAUUACCUGAAGACCAUCCUUUAUAAGCAUUUCCUUGA